GAGGUCGAGUCCCCGACGAAGAGUUGCGAGUUGCCCCUUCCCUCUGGUGAGGGGACGGACAACGGGAGGGGAAAAUCGGUUGUCCGGGAAUCGGGAAGGUAAGCAAGCUGCAAGGAGGAAGGCGAAGACCAACUCUACUCUUGGUGUUGCAGGUGAAUCUGUUGCUGCCUGCUCCUUCAGUGUCUCGCUUGGCGUUUGAUCAUCAACAACACAACGCAGAUUCGAAAUGGCAAUGUUUGGAGCUGUUGUUUUUCUCUUUUGCUUGGCGUCAGCGAUGUCAAUGCCCCAACCCAACACGAAGAUCGUCGUUCCAAAUGAACCUAGUGAGAUCAACACAAUUGGGAAAGGAGAGGUGGGUGCUUCAUGGGGCGGCUUUUCGGCUAGCGCUGGCCUGGGAGGCAGCACCAGAGGCGGCGGUCUGCACGCGGAGGCGGCUGCUCCCGGCUACUCGGCGGCGGCUGGACUUGGAGGCGGCGCUUCAUCUUCAGGCGCGGCAGGUGGUGUGGCGGGGGCGGGAGCCAGUGCCGGCGCAGGAGGUCACCACGGAGUUGUCGGAGGAGCCGAACACGGAGUACCUCAGGGAAACUUCUUUGACAACAUUUUCAAUAUCCCCAUUUCUGUACUGAAAGCAGUCAACACAUAUUUGAACCAAAAGGGAACAGGCCCCGCUCAACACGGAGCAGCUGGAGCUCAUGGUGUAGCCGGAGCUGGAGCUCAUGGUGGAGCCGUAGCUGGGAUGGAGCAUGGAGCCGAGGGUGCGUCAGCCGCGCACAGCGGGGCUGCAGCCAGUGCCGGAGCCCACAUUGGAGCACACGCCGCCGCUGGAGCUGACUCAGCAGCUGUAGCUGGAGCUGGAGCAUCAGCUGGCGAUCAUCAUGGUCACGGAAAGCCUGGUCCCAACAACUAUGAUGGUGUAUUCAAUAUUCCUAUCUCUGCGUUGAAAUCGGUCAACCAGCUACUCAACGGCUAGAGGACCAAGGAAGAUUGCUGCACUCACAAGAUUCAUGAAUACUUUCUGUAUAACUAUUAUUGAAGAGUGUACAACCUAGCUGUUAAGUACUUGUGAUGAUAAUACUCUCUUCAUGAAUAAUACGGUACUCUUCAAUGUUUAAUUUUUAUAAUUUGUCUACAAAAACAGAAAUGUAAUCAAUUAUCAUCUAUCAUGUAUUUAUUAUUGGAUUCAUUUAUGCCCAAUAUGUUGAUAGAACUUCUUAAAGUUCCAAAGGUAUUAUUAGGAUUUACUCUAGAAUAUGACUUAAAUUAAUUUAUUGAAUAAGUACACAACUGUGAUGAGAUUGCUCAUAAGCUGUUAUAUUGUGAUCACAAAUUUGAUAAAUACAUUAUCAAGGAAUGAAUUAUAAGAAAAUAAAACUGGUUCGUUUGUAACAAU